GUCUUUGUAAAGAACAAGGCAUUGAGAAUUAUUAAGCUAAAGCUUAUUUGUGGUUUAUCUCCGGCCCCAAUUAGAGUAUUUGUGGUCUCUCCUACCCAAAAGGAGCUAUUAUAUCUAGCAUAUUUUUGUUCUCUGUUGUUGGGUUCCAUCACACCACUACUAUAUAUAGAAAUCAAUUUCCCACUUUACAGAUCAAGAAGACAGCAAGCAAGCAGCAGCUUUGUAAUAUCCUAUCCGAUAAGAUGGGCUUGAGCAAUGAAGUUAGUGCUAGUAAACUACUCGAAGCUCAAGCUCAGAUAUGGAAUUAUGCUUGCAAUUACAUAAACUCAAUGUCACUUAAAUGUGCUAUUCAGCUAGGCAUCCCAGAUACCAUCCACAACCAUGGCCAACCCAUGACUCUUUCAAAUCUUGUCACUGCACUCCAUAUCCACCCUUCCAAAUCUCACUCCAUCUACCGCCUUAUGCGCAUCCUAGUUCACUCUGGCCUUUUUUCCCAGCAAAAAGUCGGUGAAAAUGAUGAGCAAGAAGGGUAUUCACUCACACUUGCUUCCCGCCUUCUCCUGAAAGAUGAACCCUUGAGGGCUGCACCACUUUCCCUUCUUGUACUUGAACCCAGUUUGAUUACCCCAUGGAGUUGCAUCACUAGUUGGUUCCAAAACAAUGAUCCGACACCGUUUGAGACGGAACAUGGGAGGUCAAUUUGGGAUUUUGUAGCUCAUGAACCAACCUUCAACAACAUAUUCUUUGAGGCCAUGCAUACUGAUUCCAAGCUGAUUGGGAGGGUUUUGAUCGAGGAGUGUAAAUGGGUUUUCGAAGGAUUGAAAUCCUUGGUUGAUGUAGGCGGUGGCUCAGGAACUAUGGCUAUUGCCAUUGCUGACGCUUUCCCCAACAUCAAGUGCACUGUUUUUGAUCUUCCACAUGUUGUUGCUAGCUUCCAGGGGACCAACAACUUGGACUUCAUUGAAGGGGACAUGUUUGAGGCAAUUCCUCCUGCAAAUGCAAUUUUGCUCAAGUGGAUUCUGCAUGACUGGAAGGAUGACGAAAGUGUGAAGAUACUGAAGCUGUGUAGAGAAGCAAUUUGCAAAGAUGAGGAAGCUGCAGGGAAGGUGAUAAUCAUAGACAUGGUCCUGGAAAACCAGGAAACAGACAAGGAGACAGCUGAAACACAGCUCUGCUUUGAUUUGCUGAUGAUGGUCAAUGUUAAUGGCAGAGAGCGUAAUGAGAAAGAAUGGAAUAAGCUCUUCUUGGCUGCUGGCUUCACUCAUUAUAAGAUAACUCCUAUAAUGGGCCUCAGGUCUCUCAUUGAGGUUUACCCUUGACAAGUACACCAGGGAUUAAUCCUCUUCUGGUAUUGCCUGUAAAAUAAUCACAAUAAGCGGGGAUUUCUCCCUUAUCAUGCUUUUGCUUUUUUGGCUUGAAAUUUUUGUGAUGUUCUGUUGUGUUCAAUAUAAUAAUUAUUGUCAGUAUAUGUCGAUGUUAUAUUCUGUGUGCUA